AUGCUCUCCAAUUCUGAAAAUAGUACCUCCCGCCGACGAAGGCUCUGGGAACAGCUUCCUUCCGGCUGGAGGAGGUCAGCAACGGUCAAUGUCGUGCUAUUGUCAAUAUCACUGCUUCUUCCAAUCGGUAUCUUGGCCGCCGCGAUCUUCUCGACUGGCGACUUCUGGCAGGCCUGGAUGUUCUACGAGGCGGAGUGCAAGAGCAGCAGUGUGACCGCGACCGACACUGGGCUCCAUUUGCUCCUCAACGCCAUCUCUACGGUUAUACUCGUCUCGUCCAACUUCUUCAUGCAGGUUCUGAACGCGCCAUCGCGUAAAGAGGUAGACGACGUCCACGCAAAGGGCGACUGGCUCGACAUAUGCAUCCCGUCAUGGCGCAACGCGUUCCGCCUCUCUUGGUUCAAAAUUAUAUGCUGCCUGGUUCUCUUCUUGACCUCUCUCCCUAUUCACGUGGUAUUCAACAGCAUCAUGAGCGAUUAUCACCUAACAAUCGCGGCCGAAUCUUUCACCACUGAUGCGAGCGUCUUCUUUCUCCCAGGCUCUGGUCUGCAAAAAUGA